AUGGCGACGGCCAUUGUCCCUCGGCGCGCCGGGACGCCUCCGCCGCCGCCGCCGCCGCCAGCCCUCGGGAACACGCCGCAGGAGGAGAACAAGGGCGGCGAGACGGCGCUGCACUGCGCCGCCCAGUACGGCCACACGGAGGCCGCCCAGCUGCUCUUGGGGCAGGGCGGCGACCCGGCGCUGCCUAACCUGCAGGCGGAGACGCCCAUGGACCUGGCCUCGCAGUACGGGCGCCUCAGCACGGUGGAGGUGCUGGUGCGGGCGCAGCCGGACCUGCUGCGGCCGUACACCGCCGCCGCCGCCACCGCCGCCGUGUUCCCGCACACGCCGCUGCACAGGGCCUCCAGGAACGGACACAGGGAGGUGGUGAAAUUCCUCCUGGCCAACGGGCACCACGUCAACGUGCGGACGGGGCAGGGGGCGCCGCUCCACGAGGCCGCCCUCUGUGGCAAGGUGGACGUGGUGCGCGUGCUGCUGGAGGCGGGCGCGGACCCCGAGGUGCGCGACGACAACGGCCACACGGUGCUGGACACGAUCGCCCUCAUCAACACGCCCGUCACGCAGGAGAUCACGUCGCUCAUCAAGUGCCAUGGUCAGCUGAUCACCCUCGACGACGACGAAGACGCGGCCGGCGACGAUGACGGCGAUUCGGAGGGCGCCGGCGACCCGCCCUCGUGGCCCCCGCCCGUGUGGCCGCCGCCCUCCCUGCCGCCCAUCCCCACCGCCUCGGAGUUGGGCUCGCCCUACGAGAAUGUCCUCAUCCCCACCAUCCUGCACUCCGAGCACCCAGACGGCGAGAGCAGAAGUUCCGACAACCGCGCCAGCAGCCGGGCGUCGGACCGGGAGAGCCGGACGUCGGACCGGGAGAGCCGAGCGUCGGACCGGGAGAGCCGGACCUCCGACCGGGAGAGCCGGACGUCGGACCGGGAGAGCCGCAUUUCGGACCGGGACGGAAGGACGUCGGUGGCCAGUCGGGUGUCGGAGGCCACGUCGGACCGCUCCAUCUACGACGUGCCGCCCCCGCCCAAGACCGUGGGCGGCGGCGGCGGGGAGCGCGCCUCCUUCUCGUACCGCAGCCAGACGUCCGACCCCGGCGACGACGACGGCGUGUACGAGGUCCCGCCGCCGCCCCGCUCCUGCCGCACCUCCAGCGCCUCCCUCAGAGCGUCGCGGGACUCUCGCCACCUGCGGCCCUCGGGAGCGGCCUCCAUGGACGAGCUGCAGCCCCCGCCCCCCGUGACGAGCCCCGGCGGCGGCAACACGUCCUCGUCCUCGUCCACCGUCACCCGCAGGAGCACCCACGCCGGCGCCACCGACUCCUCCGGCAGUAAGGUAGUAGAACCGGUGCCGCCGCCAAAGCCCCCGAGGAGGUCGAUGUGCCCGCCCUCGCCCACGCCCGACGGAGAGCAGGACGCCCCCGCCUACGAGACCAUCUACUUCAAGAGCCAAGAACAGUCCGACUACGAGAACGUGGACGUGCAGCACCACACGCGCGCCCGCCCGCCCUCCACGUACGCCCACACGCCCGCCCGCGACAGCUCCGACUCUGAGUACGACACGCCCAGACCCACGCCGGCGCAGCAGCAGCAGCAGCAGCAUUCUCACGCCCACUCGAAUAGGGUGUACGGCACGAUCUCGUUCAAGCCCGUCAAGAGCCGCCGGACGUCCAAGUCGCGCGACCCGCACGUGUACGAGAACACGGUGCACCGCUACGAGAACCUGAAGGAGCGCUACGAGACGCUGCGCGAGCGGGGCGAGCGGCGGCACGGCGACGGCCACGCGCGGGACCACCACUACCACACCAUCUACCGCCACCACCACGACAACGCCUCCUGGGCCGACCGCGACCACCACCGCCACCGCAACGACAACCUGCGCGACCGCAACGAGAAUCUGCGCGACCGCAACGCCCAGACGCUGCCCCGGCGGCCGCGCGCGUCGUCGGCCUACGCCAAGAUCGGCGGCGGCGGCGGCGGCGGGGGGGGCAGGGGGUGCGGCAGCGGCGACGGCGGCGGCGGCGGCGGCGGAGGCAGGCGGAUGGUGGACUCGUCCGACGACUCCGACGGCGACCAGAGGCCUAAGUCGCUGGACUUCUGGGACAACAAACCACAGAUCACGCCCACACCGCUGAGCCCCACCCACUACCAGCAGCCACCCACGCCCGACCAUCCGCCGCCCUCGGCUCGCCAAGCGCAGAUCUCCAUCUUCGCCAAGAUUCAGUCUGUCUCGCGACCGCCCCAGGAGAAGCGCACCUCCCGCGACAUCGAGACGGAGACGGAGCCCGAGGAGGUGCUGGCGGUGGAGGCCGGUGGAGGGUCGUCGUGUUCGCUCUCUUCCGUGUCCGCCUCGCUGUCCGACAAGAGCGUCUCCACGGACAACAUCGAGGAGAUAAAGAGCGACGUGCCGUUCGCGGGAUUGUUCCGGGGGAGCAUCACGCCCAUGGAGGGAGCGCUGGAGACGCCCCUCGAACGCCCACGCUCGCUGGCCACGCCCUCAGCCCUCAAGUCUUCCGUGGAUAGAGGAUGCCGUAACAGCAUGGGGAGCCUGGGGGCGCGGGAGGGGGGCGGCGGCGGAGGAGGAGGCCAGGGGGGCAGCUCGGGCUCCGGAGGCACCAGCAUGAGCCUCCUGUCGCCGCUGGAGGAGGCCGAGGAGUGGGCCAGGAUCAACGACAUCAUGGCCAACUUCGGCGGAGGGCUGGUCAGGGAGAGCGUGUUCAUGGCCGAGCUGGAGCACGAGUUCCAGACCAGACUAGGGCUGUCGCUGUCGCCGUCCCAGCAAGGCCUCGGUCUGCUGUCGAGUAGCGGGAGCAGCGAGGGCGUGGUGGAGGUGGGCGUGGUGGAAGUGGGCGUGGUGGAGGCGGGCGGCGACAAGACGGUGGGCGGCUGGCUGCAGGCGCUGGGGCUCCCGCAGUACGAGGACGUCUUCAUCGCCCACGGAUACGACGACGUGGAUUUCAUGAACGGCGGCAUCCUGGAGGGCGGGGACCUCCACGAGCUGGGCGUGACUCAGGCCGCCCACCAGCACGCCCUCAUGGACUCGGUGUCCCGCCUGCCGACGCCGCUGCACCCGCACCGCUCCUCGUACACGCUGCCCGACACCGUGGAGGCGUGGCUGGACUCCAUCCGCCUGCCGCAGUACGCACAGAACUUCCACAAGAACGGCUUCGGGGACAUGGAGCGCGUGCGGAAGGUGUGGGAGAUCGAGCUCACCACCGUCCUCGAGAUCACGCGCCUCGGACACCGCAAGCGCAUCCUGGCCUCGCUCGGGGAGAGGCCGCUCGAGCCAGAGCUCCCCGCCUCGCUCAACCCGCACGACCUCAGCCUCGAGCUCACCAAGCUGAACUCGGACAUCUCGCAGCUGAAGGAACAGCUGUUCAACGACCUGCCUUCGAGCACCUCCCGGGAGCGGCGCCCCCCCGAGACGGCCACCAACACCAUCCGCCGCUCGGGCACCAAGAAGCGGAGCGCGCCGCAGCCUCCCAAGACCCCGCGAGCGCAGCCGACCCUCGACCAGCAGCACAGCACGGACGACCUGAGCCACCUGUCCAUCCGGGACCCCUCGCAGCUGGUGGUGGGCGUGCCCAACACGGCGCUCACCACCACCUGGCGCCACCACCCCAACGCCCUCGUCUCCUCCAGCGUGCAGUAUGUGGCGCAGUACCUGGGCUCGACGCACGUGAAGGAGCUGAAGGGCACGGAGUCGACCAUGAAGUCCAUCCAGAAGCUGAAGAAGUCGACGACGGAGGGCGCCAAGGUCCCCAAAAUCGUGCUGUCGGUGUCGUAUCGGGGCGUCAAGUUCAUCGACGCGCAGACGCAGGCGCUGGUGUGCGAGCACGAGAUCCGCAACAUCCACUGCGCGUGCCAGGACGCCGACGACCUCUCGCACUUCGCCUACAUCACCAAAGACCUCGAAACCAAAGGACACUACUGCCACGUCUUCAGAGUACAAUCCAGGGAGCUGGCCACCGAGAUCAUCCUGACCCUGGGCGAGGCGUUCGAGGUGGCCUACCAGCUGGCCCUCAGGGAGCAGCCCUACGCGAACCAGUCGGACGAACAGAAGCUCGCCCACGGCCACACCAGGUCCAAGUCCGAGCACCUGCGCGGAAACAAGUCCCUCUCGAACGGGUCUUCGCACACGAGAUCACAUUCCACGGUGCCCCAACAGCUGUCGGUGAGCGGGGUGUCGAGCAGCUCCGCCGAGAACCUGCUCUCCGACUCGGGCAACGGCUCGGAGAAGGAAAACGGAUCCAGGAGGGACUCGUUAAGCUCAAGUCAGACUCAGAUGAAUGGGUCGUAGGUCGUUCUCGAUAGGAGGAGGACGCCGGCCAGUCAGUCAGUCAGUCAGUCGAGUCAUUCAGUCAGUCAGUCAGUCAGUGCUCGCAAUCGCCCCAGCCUUCGAAUUUUUGUGCAACUUUUGAGAUUAACUGUCAGGGUUUCGAUCUGCUCAAAGGUGGCCGGAGUGGAGGGUCGCGAGGAAGCAUCUUGGUGACUUGCGCGGAGGCGAAGUGGUUGGUUUAGAGUAACGAAGUGAAGACAUUCCUGUAUCAUAUACACAUUUGUUUAAUCAGUAUAGUGUUCUUCUUUGUGCAUGGAUUAGCAGUUUCUGCAACACAGUUUUCAACCAACCCCUGUAUCAUCUUUAUAGAGAAAUUUGUUUUAUACUUGCCCUUAUAUCUUGUUACUGAGCUACAGUGUAAGGCCAAGAGACUUCAGGUAACCCCUUCGGAGUAGCCAGUCUGUGACUCUUGUUUAAAGUAUAUGCCAUUCUUUUAUCAUUUUUGUGAAACCUUUUUGAGAUUUGGGAAAGUUGAAAAGUUCCAUACAAUCCUGGUGUAUUUAAAGUGCUUGGACUCUGUUUAAAAAAAAAUGUGCUCCAGUUAUUCUUGUCGAUAUCGUACUGAGAGUGUAUAGACGGCAGGAGUGUUCGGGAAGCCUCAUACCUCUAUAAGUGAAAAAUACAAGUAGACUAACUUGUAAAGGAAACCUAAGAACAAGAAGUAUGACAACGAGUAGUGUGGAGUCAUGUCAUGUCAUGCCAUGCAUCAGGAGUAUAACAAACAAACUACACUGCCUGGUCUGAAAUGUGUCAACCAGGCCUGUGGAAUUACCGACGCGUGGAACACAAUAUUGUAGAAACAAUCUGUAAGAAAUAAAGUUUGGGGAAAAAAUACAUUCGGAAACAUGUAUCCCAAGAACCCUCCCAAGGACCAAAGAGAAAGAGAAAAAGAGAGAGAGAGAGAGAGAUCAAAACAAUCUUAGAAGAUGUUGCAGGGGAAAGAGAGAGAGAGAGAUUCGCGGGAGCAUCACGUGAGCACACGAAAUAGUAGCCUUGUACUGAAGCCUUGGUGAGAAGACGCCACGCUGACCCAAGCUUCAGAGCCAGUGACUGAAACGGCACAUUGUAUAAGGCUUUAAGGAAGGUCAGGAUGGCAUUGGCCCUUUCAAGCCUGCACAAGUUGUCUUUCACAGAGUGUCAAAUAUUUAUAUGUUCAUUGUUAAUUGAAAUCGAGAAGUGAUGUGAUUGAAGUGUGAUGGUCUUGUACUAGGAUGUUUUAAGGUAUAUAUCCUUUGUUUUUUUUUCAUUGACCAUGUCUAAUUAUGUGAGUAACAAGUUGUAUGUUCAUUCCAUUAUAUUUUGUGUUUUUUUUUCUUCUCUCUGUUUGUCAGUCAUUUAGGAAUGCUCUGGCGACACCAAUUGUAGAAUGCCAGUCAGUUUGUUAACCAUUUUUUUUGUAUAUAAGUAUUGUUUGUUUUCUCGUCAGUUUUGCCAUAAAGAUAUUUAUCUUAUGUUAUAUUAUCGACAUAUUUUUUUUCUCUAGUACUCCUUUGGCAUCCGAGCAUGGUUCUUCAAUACUUCCUCAGGUUCUGAGUUUGAAUAAUGUACUAAAUAUUUCUUUAGUAUAGCAAAUGCAAAUAUGGUGUACAUAGAGAGUGGUAUUUGUGUGUGUGUAUGUUGCGUGAGAUUUAUGUAUGAGACACAGAGAGAUUAAAGGAAAGGAAGAGACUGGUACAUGUGUGUGUUGAGUGUGUGUGUGUGUGUGUCAGUACUUGUGUUGUACAUGUUUAUGCGCAUGUGCAUGUGUAUUCAGAUUAUAGGAUAUAAGCUUGUAUUGACAAAUGGUUCUGCCUGAUGUGGCACUAUGUAGGAAGUGUAAUGAGAACAGACCACGUACAUAGAAUUUACUAUACUUUAGUAUAAAGAAUAGUAUAAAGAAAUGUAUUAGUUUUAAAUAAUCAGUUUAUCUUCUCAUUGUGAUCAUAGGCCUAUAAACGGUAAAUAAUAGGUAACCUCUAAGGGCAUGUAAGUGAUAAUAGAAUAAAGGAAUUUAAACACCCAUCUUCAUUUUGGGUUUUGUCGAGGGAGACGAGAAGAGGAAGAAAGAGAAAAAAAGAAAAACAAAGAGAUAUCCAGGAUGGAAAAAAAGUAUUUUAUGUCACGCCUUUUAACGGUGCUUGGUGGCUGAGCACAUAUAACUGCACAUAUAGGUUGUUUGCACCGUUGCUAUUAGUACAUGUUUAAAAUGUUGCAUGAGAGUAAUUCCGCCAUUGCCUGUUCUCUCCUUUUCGAAUAUUAUAUUUAGUUUUUUUUUUGUUUUUUGUUUUUUUUUAUAAAGCUUUGCUGCUUUUAACCUGUUUAUAAUUGGCCAUGGGAAGUCAGUGAAUGUUUUUAAGAAUAUUUAAAUGUUUCGUCUUUGUGAGGUAUAAACACUUGUUAUUUGAAGAUAUUUCUCAAAACUUCGAAAAUCGUAAAAAAAAACACAAAGAUUCGUAAAUGAACGUGUAUUAUUUUAAAGAGCAAAUAUUCAUUCAUAGGAACUCACCGCAUUGGGUCUGGCAGUAUUUAAUUUUCUCAUAAAUACUGUACUGAUCAAAUAUUACAAAAAAACAAACAAACAUAGUCUUUAUUCCCACCAAAAGCAAAAAAAAAAAAAAAAAAAAAGGAAAAAUAUAAGAAA